CGCUGUGCUUAAUGUAAAUAGAAAUAGACCAAAAAAACACUGUCCCUUGUCAGUGUCAGUUCUAGUGGUUUUCAGUAAAAUUGUCAUGGAUUUUUAUGCUUCGAUCAUAAAUGUGGAAUGAUACAACAGCUCUCGUUUCUUCCCUUUCCCCCGAUCCUUCGCUCCCUGGAUGCCGAAAAGACAUUUUAAAAUUCAAGGUGAACCACUUUUAUAUUCAUGCUAUGAUGAUGUAGUUUUUAUUUACAUACAGUUCAUUAUGGAGGAUUACAAAUUUCUCUUUAAAGUUGUUCUCGUAGGAAACGCUGGUGUUGGAAAAACAUGUUUGGUUAGACGUUUCACUCAAGGGCUUUUUCCUCCAGGGCAAGGUGCAACAAUAGGAGUAGACUUCAUGAUAAAAACUGUCGAGAUAGAUGGGGAAAAAGUUAAGCUGCAAAUAUGGGACACUGCUGGUCAAGAGCGCUUCCGUUCUAUUACUCAGAGCUAUUAUCGGUCAGCUCAUGCACUCAUUCUAGUGUAUGAUAUUAGCUGUCAACCAACAUUUGAUUGUCUUCCUGAUUGGCUAAGAGAAAUAGAAGAGUAUGCAAGCAAUAAAGUCUUACGAAUACUUGUUGGAAACAAAAUGGACAGGGAAGAUCGCGAGAUUCCUAUGCAUGUUGGUGAAGAUUUUGCCCAAAGGCAUGAUAUGUAUUUCCUAGAAACUUCUGCCAAGGAAGCUGAGAAUGUGGAAAAAUUAUUUAUGGAAAUAGCUGCAGAAUUAAUGGAACAAGCAAGAAGCAAAGAAUUACCACGGUAUGAUACUAACUCCCCUACAAUUAAUGGGCGAACAACAUCAAUUGGAGACUCUAACUGCUGUAGUAAAUUGUCAUGAGUUUUAAGCAAGUGGAUUGUGCGUAUCCUUGUUUUCCUUUUUUAAUGUAUUUAUUGCAUUGUGCUAAAAUCUGUGUUAAUUAUGUUGUUAACCCUAGCUCAUUAAUUUUCCUGUGAACUUACUUUAAGUAUCAAAAUUUAUUGAUAUUAGAUUUUCCAAAUUUUUGUUCUCUUUUUUUUGUUUAUUGUUUACUUGUUUGAAGCAAAUCAUUGUACCCUACUUAAGAAGUAAUAAUGCUACUUCAGAAUAAUUUAUUUGUUGUACAUACUGAACAUAGCUGCUCUAUUUUAUCCCGUUAAUUUGUAUUGGGUUUGUGGUUAAAGCUAAAAGAGCUUACUUAACAAAUCUUUUUUUCACUGAAUUCAAUUGCACUGAACUGCCUUGUGCACUGUGCACUAAAGAUUUAUGCUUUGUGGAAAGACUUGACUUUUUUGUGUGGAAUGUGCACUUUUGUGACUGCGUGGCUCAAGCUUCUCUGUGUAAAAAAAAAAGUAUUAUUUUUUUUAUUACUUUUUAAAAGUAUGUCUGUUGAUGACUUUUUCCUCCUUUAUGGACACUGUGGAAACAGGUAAUGUCUCUUAUGAUGGUUAAGAAUUUUGGAUGUAGACUUUGCUUUUUGUGAUAAUGUUAACAUGUUUUACUUUUUCUGUUAUUAAUGUUUCAUGCAUAAAAAUCUGAAAUUUCUGACAAAGGGUAAACAAAAGUGACUUCAGCAUUUUUGCUACCAACACUGUGUAGUGUAUUCGGGUUCUAUUUGAUGAGGAGCAAACUAAUAUUGACUGUUUUCUUUAAAAAAAAGAAAAACCAUACAAAAUUUUGGUUUGGGCCUCAUUUUUUUUCUACGUAGAACAGUUGUUUUUCAAUUUUUGUAAUGUCUAUGUGACAUGUACUGCGUAAGACACCAAGGACUUAAGUGAUUUUGAAUGGAAUAAUGUAACUUUUAUGAAGUUUAGUCAAUGUUGCCAAAAAUGAUUGUAAAUUGAUUUUUGUUUAAAUACUAAGUUAUUUGUUUAAAAUCACUUUAAUUGUUGGUACAUCACUAAGUUUGUAAUAGUAAUGAUUUCAAUCAACUGAUACAAAUUUGUGCUUUCCAUUCCAAUGUUGGCUGUAAUCUUCUUUUACUAACUUUAGUUAGCUUUGAUAUGAUGCAUUUUUCUGUGGCUUAUUUCUCAUCUGUUUUUUCUGUAUGGCCCAAUAAGUGUGACCCAGUUAUUACUUUCCUGGUGUAUGUAUUAAUUACUGGGAACCAUUUUCUUCUCUAAUUGUCACUUUGAUCGUGAGCGUGGGAGAAAUUCAUGUACCUAUUCAUUGUAAAGCCCGCAACAACCCUGUUACCCCUUCCCUCUUUAAAAUUGUUGCUUCACUGCUGACAUGUUUUGGUUCAUCAAUGCUUGUGUCAGUUAAAACAGAGGUAGCUUACCUUCAUUGGGGCACAGGUAGAAAUACAGCAGUGGCUGCGGUGAACAUAUCAUUCCAGUACCAUAGGCAAAAGCUGCGUCCAUAUACCUGGGCGUGUUGUAAAUGUGACGUAAAGAAAUCCAUUACACAGAAAUAAACUUGGUCAUCGUAAUUUUA